GUGGCUGAAGCAAGGGAACACUUGCUUUUAAGCCGAAAGCCUUGAGUUUAAACACCAGUUCCACCAGCUAGUACUUAUGGGUGUCGCCAAUCCGGUCCAUGAGUCCCUCCCCGCGUUUCCUCCUCAGUGAAAACGUCACUCCAGAUAACUUCCUAGAGUUGAAGUGAUCAGAAGUUCUAGAAGUUCAAGUGCGGUAUUAGGGACCACCUACUGCCAGGGCCCAAGUCCGUGUCGCAAGCGCAGUUCUUGCAUCACCCUGUGCUGCGGGGAGCGGGUGGCCUGAGCCUGGCUGAGCGGGACGGACCCCUUGGCGAUGGCCCCGUGGAGCGCGCUGGGCAUGUCCUGGGCGAUGGCGAUGGCGCUGGCGCGGCUGCUCCUGGCGCUGUGGCUCGCCCUGGCAGCCGCAGGUGGUCUGGAAGUAGAGAUGGCUGGGAGGAGGCAGACGGUAUCCCUCAAUAAAAAUAUCACCAUCAUCUGCAAAGUGCCUGGAGCUCCAAACUUGGACAUCAGGACUAUGGGUAUCAGAUGGUUUUGGAAGAAUCAGACAUCUGAUCUGGAGAAAGUGUUUGAGUUUAUCGGAGAUCACCAAGAGGCAAUCCGACCUGGAGCCACUGUGUCUCUAUGGAGGCUGAAGAGGGGUGAUGCCUCACUACAGCUGCCUGCCAUCCAGCUGAGGGAAGCGGGAGAAUACCGAUGCGUGGUGGUGGACCCACAGAAGGCGGAGGGCAGGGUCUGGCUAGAAGUUAUAGCUUCUCCAGACAGUAAAUUGUUUUGGGAACAACCCACAGUGAACAAUAAGGAAGAAAAACAUGCUGUGUGUAAGUCAAGUGGAUUCUAUCCACCAAACAUCAGCAUAAGGUGGAAGAAGUGGAUCCAGAAGUCUGCCCAGUACCAAGAGAUUUCUGAGAACAUAUUCACAGAGCGCCCUGUCAAGAAUGAGGAUGGCACCUUUAACAUUACCAGCUAUCUGAAGUUGAAGCUUCCUGUGGAAGACACGGGGGCCACCUACCAGUGUGUGAUAUGGCACAAAUCCUGGCCCACCUCCCAGAAGCUCAACUUAACACUGCCCAGCUUCUCCAGACAGUAAAUUGUUUUGGGAACAACCCACAGUGAACAAUAAGGAAGAAAUACAUGCUGUGUGUAAGUCAAGUGGAUUCUAUCCACCAAACAUCAGCAUAAGGUGGAAGAAGUGGAUCCAGAAGUCUGCCCAGUACCAAGAGAUUUCUGAGAACAUAUUCACGGAGCGCCCUGUCAAGAAUGAGGAUGGCACCUUUAACAUUACCAGCUAUCUGAAGUUGAAGCUUCCUGUGGAAGACACGGGGGCCACCUACCAGUGUGUGAUAU